AUUAUCUUAAGGCCUUGGGCUUACUAAUCCAAUAGUUCGGCCCACUAUAAGGACACAUAACCACGAUCACAUUCACAUGUGUACGUGUCAAAAUGUUACUUAAUUUAUACGUGACAGGCAGUGAAUUUAUCAUUCCCUUCCACAAACACAUUUUCAUUUUUGAGGAAGGAGAAAGAAUCAUCUUCGCUGUGUGGUCUAUUUAUCAAUCAAUCUAACAAUGGCGAUUCGUUGUGUAGCGAGUAGAAAAACCCUAGCCGGCUUGAAGGAGACAUCAUCGAGGCUUUCAGGAUUCAGAGGAAUCCAUACUUUUAUGCUUCCUGAUCUUCCUUACGAUUAUGGCGCAUUGGAACCGGCGAUUAGUGGAGAGAUCAUGCAGAUUCAUCACCAGAAGCAUCACCAGGCUUAUGUUACUAAUUACAAUAAUGCUCUUGAGCAGUUGGAUCAGGCUGUGAAUAAGGGAGAUGCUUCUACUGUUGUUAACUUGCAGAGCGCUAUCAAAUUCAACGGCGGAGUCCACGAGAAGUUUGGUAGGUUUUUCAGGGGAAUGCUGGAAGAAGGUGUUUACUUUGGACCGUCUCAAUUUGAGGCUGGGUUUACGAGUUUGGCUCACACUCGGGAGGAUAUAGAGUUUACGGUUGCUGCAGCCAGGAGGGUCCUCGGUAGGAUCUAGACUGUUCUAGAACUCCAACCCUGUGAGUCUGUUCACAAGGUUCUGUCUGAUGGGGACGUUGUGGGUACCUACUACUACGGUUUGAUGAUCGAUGAUAUUAUUCUUGUGUCCAGACCUUUUUUGUCAUUUUGAUAAAGAAUGUUUGUAAUU